AUGUCGGCAUCUAAGAUCAUCCAGUUGAAGAGCUCGGAUGGGGAGAGCUUCGAGGUGGAGGAAGCGGUGGCACUCGAAUCGCAGACGAUCAAGCACAUGAUUGAGGAUGAUUGCGCCGACAACGCCAUCCCUCUCCCCAACGUCACCAGCAAGAUUCUUGCUAAAGUGAUUGAGUACUGCAAGCGACACGUCGAAGCUGCCAAGGCCGCCGAGGGUGCUUUCGAGAAGACCUCCGAUGAAGAUCUGAAGUCUUUCGACGCCGACUUUGUAAAAGUUGAUCAGGGCACUCUCUUCGAUCUCAUCUUGGCUGCGAACUAUUUGAACAUAAAGAGCCUUCUUGAUCUCACUUGCCAGACCGUGGCAGAGAUGAUAAAGGGGAAGACACCGGAAGAGAUCCGCAAGACGUUCAACAUUACGAACGAUUUAACCCCUGAGGAAGAAGAGGAGAUCCGCAGGGAGAAUGCCUGGGCUUUCGAGUGA